AUCAAUGGGCAGGUGGCGACUUGGAUGCAGCAUAGGCAUUGCAAUUUGCAGCUACGUGCUGCAUCUCUGCUGCAGCACUUGCAAAUUUGUUGCCAUUGGCAUUGGCGUGGGCCCGCCCUCAGAAACUAAAAAAGACCUAAAGCUUGUUCCUGAUCAGGUGGCAAUGUUUAAGUGUUGAACAGAUCAGAAGGAGACGGUUCCUUUAUCGGCGGGCUGGUGCUUCAUUGCUGGCUGUUUUACGUCUCCGUGACGAAGUUUUUGGGGUGUAGGGAGAGAACAGAGCACCUUCUGCGUUUUCUAGUUUUGCAACAGUUUGUCACUUGCUAGCUAUCUGAUUGCGUCCAGUUUGAAGUGCCUUGUGACGCCAUGAGCUCGCCGAUAAUUGCCCGCAGGCUUGAGCAGCAGGCAAAAGUGCGGUUGUUGUAUAGACGAGCUUUAAAGACGGUGCAGAGCUGGGCGGUACACAGGGACACGUUCUAUAAUGAGGCAAUGAAGACGCGCGCAGAGUUUGAGCAGCACAAAAAUGUGACAAACCUGGACCUUGUUGACCGGUUGCUUGACAGAGGCGAAGCAAGGCUCAGGGAAAAAGCACACCCAGAUCCUUACAUCAUACCGUGGGCCGUUGGAGGAUCAAAAUACCAGCGCAACCCGCCAGUGCCAACAAAUAUCAGCUUCUCCUAUGACUUUGGCAAGGAAACAUACACAUAGAACGUACGCAGGUAAUCAUUAAGCUGCUUGUAGACCUGGCAACCUCAAGAUUGGCAUGUUGAGAUAGCCGGUCAGAUCUAUCGGCACAAUCAGAGCGGAAGUAUUCCUUUCGAAGUCCACACCUUGAAUCCAACUUGCAAAUCACUUCAGCAGGCCGAUUGAGAAGGACAGUGCGUCCCUUCUCCAUUGUCCAUUGUAUACAAUUGUGAUCAGGUCUGUUGUAGGGGAGUCCAAAGUGCAAAGUCCAGUCACAUGCUGCUUGCCCAUGUCUCAUGAGGUUUGGACAUGUGAACGUUCUGGUCUCUGUAAAGUUGGAAGCAUGAGAAGCGCAGAGCUCAUGUUUCAGCACAUACAAGUCAAGAGCAGUGCCUGACAUGUUGUACUUAUGCAAUUCUCCUGGCGAGCGAUUUUCAUCAAUAAAACAUUUACU